AUGGCAGGAGCUCAUGAUAUGUGGCAAGCAUAUAAAAAUCUGAAAUCUAACAAACAAAAAGCUUUCAAACUCUACAUUACUCGGGCUGAUAUUCAUUGUCUAUUUUCCCAUUUCAGUAAUGCCAGAGAGUGGUUGCAGGCAGAAAUGGGUCAUGGUGCCGAGGACUGUGCUGAUGAUCAAAAGGCAAACCAGUGGGGGCGGGAGAGAAGAGAUUCCAACCAUUUCAGGCCAGUGGGACUUCCUGAAAAGUAUUAGUACAAAAGCCAUCAACCUAUAAUAAAACUAAUGAAAUAAAUGCUAUUGACAACACACCUACAGUUUACAGUUUUUACACAACACAAAUUUAAAC